CUGACCGUCGCUUCGUGUAGCAGCUCCGCCGCCACCCGCACUAAGUCGCCGGCUUCCGCCGCUCACGAGAGCGGUCCGCCGAUUUCCAUCGCCGUACUCGGCUUUUGGAUCUGUCAUCGGAGGAGAAAUCAUAUAGUUAUCAAACCGUCUCUGGGCUUCGCGAGCUCGAAGAGACAGCUAAAAAAUAACAGAAAGCUCAGCUAUGGCGGGCAAUUUGGCUUCCAUUGGGAUGAAAGUUCUCAGCCAGUACUGGGUUUUACCACAACCCACAAGCAGGUUGGUAUUAUAGCAACAGAGACCAUCUUUAUUACAAAUUCGAAGAUGGGAAAUAUAUUCUUCAUGAGUGCCCGGGAUCAAAUAGAUAAAGUUAAUUGCAAUUCUGGAGAAGAAUCAUUUGAAGCUCAAAUGGAAGGGAUAGAAGCUUCUGCUGAUCCUUGUCUAGACAUGUCGGCUUGUAAUACCACUGAAGUAACAGAUUAUCCGCCUCCACCAUCAGAAUGGUAUGCUGGCUAUUCGAAUCAAACUACAUGUGCAGCUGAUUCUGACACGAUGACUGUGUCCAAAGAGAAUAAUGACAUUGAUAAUCUAAAUGUUCAAGAGAAUGGUGUAACUGAGGAAGGAGAAAAAAAGGCGUGGGUGUCGGAUUUGCAACCGGUGGAUUUAUGGGAUAGGGGUUUGGUUAGAUGGACAAUAAAAAGGUGGGAAAGCAGAGGUGGCUCGACUGAUUGGCAGAUUAAACAAGAGUUCUAGCAAACUUCAUCCUUCAGUGCCUACGGGUGGUGGUAUAACUCUGUGAAAUAUUAAGAGAGACGGAUACGAACCAGGUGUAUGUCAUGAAUUAUUUUUGCUGCCGCCAUCGUUCCUUGAGGAACGGAUGUGAACGUGAUGAUCAAGAUGUUGCUUUUUAAAUCCUCGAGCCCAAUUCUCAAUCACUACUCCGCAAUCAUCCACCUCUGUAUCAUAUGGUAUACUCUCGCCCAAGUUGAUGGACUUCAAUUUGUAGCAAUGCCUGAUACGAAGGCGCCUGAGCCUCGGGAAGCUAUCAAUCCCGCAUAUGAAGUUCUCGACAUCCAAGUCCUCCAUCAGCAAAAAUGUUAGGCCUGAGAAGAUCAAGUCGCUCAAUAAGCACUCAGGGCCCUGGAAAGCAUACUGUCGCAGUUUAAGCGCACUGAUAUUAGGCAGUUGGGCAAUCACCUUUAUGUACUCCCAUGGAAACCGACACCCGCUCAGAGUUAUCUUUUUAAUGUAUAUGGGAAAUGAUGGAGUUACCAAAGAAGCAAAAGUGGUCCCAAGAUCAGGUCCUACAACGACGCACUUGAAGGACUCGAACUUGGAAUACUGAUGUGAGAAAUUACUAAAAAAGGCAAAGGUCUCAACCGUAUCAUGUGCUAGCAAUGGCACGACCCGAACUCCUACUUUUUCCAACUUGGGCAUCCUUGCAAGCACUCCAUGCGUACAACUCCGGGGGCUCACGCCCGAAAGAGAGAGUAGGUUUUCGAGGAAAAAACAAGCCGUAGAAGGAUGCGGGAGGUCCCAUCCCAUGCAGUGUAAGUGCCUCAGUUUACGCAAAGUCCAAAUCUCCAUAGGUAGAUAACUAUUAGCCACAGCACACGAGGAUCUGACGAUUUGAUGCCGAUGGACAAUCAAGACUUGGAGGUCACAGAGUGCGGAAAUAGCCGAUGGGAUCUCGCCAUCGUAGGUGAUGGCGAGGUACCUUAACCGAACGAGGCCGAGUACUUGGUCAGGGAACUCGUAGAAACGGACAGCUGGUGCAUCCAACACAUUGAGCAGCUUAAAGGGCAGAGGAGGAGUCCCGCACAGUACUGGGUACUGACUGCGUGGACCGUAACAGAGAAGAGAACAUGCGGAUGAAACUGAUUCGAGCGCCGCACGAGCUUGCUUGAGUCCAAGUACGAUGUUGUUAUGAAAGCAAAGCCUCGGAUGGCUGCCUGUGCCCUGCACAUUGGCGUGCUCCAACUUUUUUAUGACGUGGCAAAAACCUUCGUCCCGAGCCUCCUUGAUGCAGAAACCCCGGUACAUGACGUGGACCCUGCAGGUUUUGAUUCCUUCGUCGGUGGAGCUGUAGUUGAGAACUUGAACGAGACUCCGGGCCACGAGCUUGAUCAGAUAAAUCCUUCCCACCUCUUUCUGUAACAUAUGUCCUUGUGCGGCGAUGAAUCCCUCGGCAACCCACAAGUUGAUGAUUCUAGACAGGCGGAUCUCGAUUCCUUUCGGGAUUAGGCCCACGUACAGAAAGCAGGGCUGCAGAUGCCGAGGCAGCUGCUGGUAACUCAGAGACGCCUUACGCAAGAGGAUCGGGUCGUUGAGCAGAAAAUCACUCUCUUCAACCUCCUUCCAUCUCUUGGCCGUCCUGUCGACCCCACAAAGGAGCUUCCCGACUUGGAUGAUUGCAAGUGGAAGGCCCUCACAGCUGCCGGAGAUUCUCCUCCCGAUACUUUCGAGUUCCCACGGGCAGUAGCUGCCGUAGGGAAACACCACUCUAUGGAGCAGACGCCAGCUGUCGUCAUCGUUAAGGAAAGGAUCCCGAAGCACGUAGCCAUUCGACAUGACGACAUCUCGAGCUAUGAGCCCGUUUUGGGUCGUCACAAUGAUUCGGCUCCCUUUUAUGUCGUUCGGGGCAGACCUCAUCACUUGUUGCCAGGUCUUCAAAUCCCCCAAGUUGUCGAUCACGACUAGGUACUUGUUACCGGGCAAAAUUUUGUUCAGCUGUUGCAUGUCGAAGGGACUAGUGACGAUCUUGACCAACAAAGUUUUGUUGUUGAGGGACCAAGCCAUGUCGUCUAGCUUGUUUCCUUUCGGGGAGACGGUUACCCAGGCACGACACGUGAAGUGGGCCCGCACGUACGGGUCGUGGUAGAUGCAUCUAGCGAGGGCCGUCUUGCCUAUGCCGGUCAUUCCCGAGAUCACACAGCCCCGAAUAGGCUCGUCUCCGCCCAGAAGCUUGCCUUUGAGCGCCUUCAAAAUGUGCGCCCGCCCGACCAGCUCGUCAUCGUUCAUGCGUCUGUGAUGAAGAUGAACCAGAGAUCGACCGCUCGUCAUCGUUUAUUGAGGCUGUUCAACUGUCCUGGUUCCCUUUUGUGUGGUCACUUGUCACUGUUUUAAAGUCAGUAAAGUGGUUGCAGAUUAUGCAACUUGUAUUAAGUUUAUGUACAAGUUGUGUGCUUAAUAAUUCACUGAUGUGGAUGUUUGUAUUAUAUAAUAGCUGAUGGUUGUCACCAAAUGGACAGCAGGGGUGAUUUAGCCAUUUUGUUUUUAAUAAUUAUGUACACUAAAUCAUAUAUUGAAUCAUUUGCAUUUAAAUUCAAUCCGUUAAACUCAUUUC